AUGCCCACACAUUCAUCACAUUAUACAAUUGUCUCGUUAGAAGCAAUCUGGAAUAAACAUCAAACUCAGCUAUUUGGAAAUAGAAAACGAUCCAAUUUAGACACUUUGGGAAUGAGAAGAUGUUUUACCGACAUGAAGUUCAUGACAAAAUCAUUCAAUAACAUCAUUGAGUCACAAACUUACCUGCCACACUUUAAUUCAAUGCCGAUCACAACAACAAGAAAUCAAAACACUGAUCAGAUUGAGUUUUUUUCUACGCUGCUGGAAUGUAAAUUGGAGGAUGGAGUAACAUGGAGCUUGCCUCCAGGUUGCAUUAACCAGCAGUCUUUUUCUCAAUCAAAUAAUAUUGACAAACUUAAAAUAUCAUUAAGUAACUAA